GGUUUAUUGUUAGACGGUGAGUUCCUCUGUUUGCUGUGGAGCACGCAGGUCUCCACUGUUAGCUAACAGUUGGUCUUUAUUUUAGCCGCUUGAACCACAAUGAAUCCGACUACCCCGGUGUAAAAAAAGGAGCGCGGCUAAUGUGCGGAUUGAUUUGUUUUUUGGCACCGGUCUACUUGUUCUUGUGCUUGCAACGUUCUCUAUUUCUGUCUUUUUAAUUUUUUCUUAUUUUAGAUUUAACUGGAGCAAGGCUAUAACCUUAAGUAUGUAUGCAUAGUUUCCCUUUUACUGUCGUUAAGAAAGCACCGCUGUCUGCCUUCAUAUGUUGCUGACCUUGUCUGUUCACAGCCGAUAGCCAACGUUAGCUCAGCGCUAACCUAAGUGUGUUUCUGAAACUUCACUCAGUGCUCGGGUUUUUCUUUACUUUCCCCGUUUUUGUUGCGUUCAUAAUGGAAGAUGAGGCCUUCACAGACAUUAAUGGUAAACCAAUAUCUCUAGACUGUCAGAGUCACUCCAGCUUUUGUAGGGAGUUCACUGUCAGCUCGCCCAAAGUGUCCAUCGGAAAGGUGAUGGUUUACACCUGCUCUGUUUGGCUUUUAGCAUACGCCGUGUUCUUCUUUACACAGAACACUGCUGUUCUGUCCAGUGCCAUACUCAUCACUUUGGUCGGCAUGAUGCUUCACAUCCACUUUGUGAAGGUGGACCACGAGUCCCUGCUCGUCAUUGGGUCCUUAGGCAUUCAGGUGUCCUCCAGCUACGCCUCAGGCCGCGAGACCACCACUUUCAUUGAGAUGAGCAAGAUCAAGGAUAUUGCCAUCAAUGAAGCAAUUUAUAUGCACCAGAUCAUCUACUAUCUUUGUGUAUUGUUGAAGGACCCCACAGAACCUGAUGCAGUGUCAAGCGUUGUGCCAUUGUUUCAGAGUUCAAAGCCCAGGCUGAACUGCUUGGUGAAAGUUUACAGAAGCUGUCAGGAGAUUCUUUCAAAGUGCUGACGACUCACAAGUCAUACGUUAGAAAUGUUUGUGGUCAUGCAGCAUGCUUUUAAUUUUUCUUUGCUUAGGUCAUUUUCUUUCUUUUCAGUGGAUGAAAGCAGUAAGUAUCCUUCCAUCCAUGCACUGGCUAUACCAGUUGUCCUUUUGAAGGUCAUGGGCGUGGGAGGGGGCAGGGUACAGGGUACACCCUGGGCAGGUCGCCAGUCUUUCACAGGACAUAUAGAGUCAAACAACUUUAGAAAGCAGGCAGGUUUUUUUUUUUUUUUUUUUGAUUUGAUUUACAGUGUAUUUUGAUAAAUUUCCUCCUUUUUGUCACCUGUUUGAAUACACACGAUGAGAAUAGAAUCUGUUGAACACAAAAGAAAGCACUGCCUUGUUUUAUAAGAUAAUUAUUGGUGUUAUAAUGUUGUAUUUUGUUGUGUAACUUGAAUAACUAGUCUUAGACUACUUUAAACCCAAAGAGCCAAACUUUUUAGCUGACACUGUAUUAAAAGAAUUUCUAUUUAACAAUUUAGCUUUUUUACUUAUUUAUUCAUUAAAACUUGAAUUAAGUAAUUAUGCCAGUUUAUGUAUUUUUGUGCAUUCUUACACUGUAGUUUUUGAUAAAAAUAAAUUUGAUUAAACAUUAAACAAAAUAAUUUGCAGUCACUGGUAAAUAACUUGCUUGUGGUCAAUGUUUUUGAGGACCUUUACUCUCCUCCCCCAGUAGGGGGCAGCAUCACACUAAUUCAAACUUAAACACUUC